AUGUCUCACAACAACACGACCGUGUUCUUGUUCACGGUGCAAGGCAUUUUGGCGUCACUGACCUGUGGACUGUGCUGCCUAAUAUAUGCCUACUGUUGCAACACUAAAAAUGAACGAAACAGGAACAAAAGAACUAUCUCGAAGGUGAAUGGAGACGCCUACGCUGAGGGCGCAACCACUGCCUUCAAAAAAAGUAAGGUUGAGAAAGAAGAGGGAAGUAAAAGUGCCCAUGAAGAUGCGGCGAUUCACCUGGAAAAGGGUGCAGAUGGGGAAAGUAAUGCAAAAUCGGAGAGGAACCAGCCAAGAUCUGGCAACGGCAGCGGAACGAGCCACCCUGACAACUACUGCAAGCGAAACGGGAGUGGAAAAUGCGAUGGGGACGGCACCAUCCCACGGGAAAAGUCAGUUCAAGAGAAUUAUUCCCACAGAACGGACAGCACUAUAGAAUCGGGUGUAUCCAAUCAGAAAAACGGCGAAAUGGAGAAAUGCAAUGGUGAGGAAGCAAGAUCAAGUAGAAGCAACUGUGAAGGGAUACCCCCUAACAUGAGAAACGUAAACGAAUAUAAGGACCCCCCGUUGGUAGGCACAAUCCCCAGGCAUAAUUCUGCCCCGUACGAUGGCCGUAUAAUCGAAAAAAAUGAACAGUGUGAAAAUGCCCAUAAUGCGGGAGCUGCAGGAAGUUACAUGCGCCCCAACUGGAGCAAUGAACGUAAAGAGAUGUCCGAGAGUAACUCAGACCAUAUGAUCAAAAUGGUUGUCCCCCAAAACAGAUGCCAGCUAAGAAGUGGUGAAGAACAAAAUGCGCGGCUGCCAAUGUCCAACGAGAGUAGGCAUAACUUCAACCCACACAGUGCAGAUUCGCACAUUUCGUCAAAUAAUUACGGGAGAGAGGAUAACAACAGAAUUGUGAAGAUGACCCAAUCGGGGGAAAAGAACCUCCUCAGUAGGAGCAACAAUAUGAGCAUUACUGUCAACAGGGUGGAAGCAAAAAAUAGGGCCAUAUGUGGCCUUACACAGAAGGAUGCUGUUCAGAUGGGCGUAGAAAGGGCAGACCAGCAUGCCUACAGCAGGACCGUUUUGGACAGGCAAAUGGUUUACUACCCCAAUGAAGAAGUUUUCAGAGUCAAGUCGGAGACGCUGAUUCGGGGCUAUCCGGGGCACGUUGCCCCCAGCGGGAGUGCGCACAAGAGCAUGCGUAGAAAUUGCCCAGAAGGGCACGCAGCGAGGAGUAAAAAUUACCCAGAGGGACACUCAAACGGGGGUAAAUUUUUCCAAGAAGGCCACUCAAACGGGGGUAAAUUUUUCCAAGGUCACUCAAACGGGAGUAGGAACUGCCCCGAAACGCACAAACAUUUUACGCACCGCACGAUGAACGGCUGUGAACAUUUCGAAGACGAAGAAGACAAGAAGAAGUGCAGGCACCACGAACAUGCGCAGAACUAUACCCCCUCGAAAUGUAUGACCUGUCCGCAUGACGAAGGAAGCACGAAUAGGGUAUUUGUAAAAUGCGAAAAGAGUCUGCCCAGUAGUAGGGAGCAUCCAAGUGCAGAAAGGAACAGCCGCCUAGUCCCAGUGAUCCACAAGGAGAAAACCCAGACAGGCUCACCAAAAUACAACACGCAUAAGUACAACGAUUUUUCCACUAAUGAGGCUCUUUAUAGGAAGAGGCAGCCAUUACAUGGUAUGUCACAAUUCAAUGAGAAGGAAAUGAGAAAUAUGAUUGAAAAUGGGAGAGUAGAAGGAGGUACCCUUUCAUACGAUGACGACAAGGCGACGUGCGACAUGCAUGCUGCUAAUAAUAAUGCUGGAGGAACUACCGUUAGGAUGCGGAAUGUUGGCCACUACCAUGAGGAGAAGGGGUUCCCCCCCCGGGACCUUCAUUCGUCAAAUCGUAUGCCCGCAAAUUUGAUAAACGGAGAGAGGACAAAAAGUGCAGCCUCGUACAGAUUAGCUUAUAACCAAGGCGGUAAUGUUAAUAGAGGGGAAGGUGGGGAGACCACCUCAAAAGGAAGUUCCCCCCGUUUGGGCCGCUUCACAAGUGCGCAAGAUUUUGCACCCAAAGGAAGGAGGACAAACCGGGAGGGAGAAACGGCACGGGGGAAUAGGAACAACCAAAGUGGUAACAAUGAUGGAAGUAAUGACAUCCGUGGCAACCGCAGCAGCAGUCGGAUCAACGGUGGGGAGGACCGCACAAGUGAAGGCAGGUAUUACACCAGGGGGAAGAGCAAGGACAGCGGCACGAAUAGAAGCGUCCAGGAUGAAGUUGGCAGAAGCGCUCGCAGCAUGGUCGAUGCAGAUGAAGUGACCACCAAGGGACCCAGAAACGGUUGCACCCACGCGAACAAAACUCAAAGCGAUGCUAACAGUUGCGCAUAUUGUUCCCCUUUAGAUGAAGAAAAAAUGGAAAAUCGGAACAAAAAACAUAACGACCAGUUACCACGUGACUAUCACAUGGGCGUCACAGAACGUUUACCACAUAAAGAAGGAACACAUGUGUGCAAAAAUAAUAACUGCCACUCUGCUGUAAAAUGUGCAAAACAGAGAGGUAACAAAGAAAAGAGUGAGUACUUAAAAAAGGGCUUGCCAGAGGAGCAUGUCUGCUUACCUAACUGCAAUAGCAAAAGUUGGUGCCCGCACUACACAGAAAAGAGAAGUGGAAAAAAUGAACCCUUUUUCCAGUCAAAUGGGUUUGAGAAGAACACUGGGGGGCCUGACGUUAAUGGCAGCUUUUCACAGCGCAGUUCGUAUAGUGCGCGUCCAUUCAGUAUGACCAGACAGAUUGAACAGGGGAGAGGCGCGAAAAUGGUAACCAAGAGUGAAAUCAGCGAUGGCAUUUACCCCUUAACAGACGACAACGCUGAGUACGAUGGGGUGGAGAGCAGAAGUGGCAAUGUAAGCGGUGUUAGAAGUGGCAAUGUAAGCGGUGUUAGAAGUGGCAAUGUAAGCGGUGUUAGAAGUGGCAAUGUAAGCGGCGUUAGAAGUGGGAAUGUAAGCAGCGUUCGAAGUGGGAAUGUAAGAAGCGUACGAAGCGGAAAUGAACGCAGCCCUCUCAGUGGCAAUGAAAGUGGCCUCCUCAGUGUCAACGAACGCGACCACCGCAGCGGCGGUGAAGAGCAAAAGGGACGGCCCAACAAAAGGGGCGAAAAGACGGUCCCCGUUCCAGUCAGCAACGAUGAAGUGGCGAGUGGCAGAAAACGCAGAACGAAGGGUACCAAAAGAAGGGGAACCAACUCCAAAGGAGAAAGGGAUAACCAGUCUAACACACCUCUUUUGACGAAAGAGUACGAACGGCAGUUAAGACAAAAGGAACCAAGUGAAUACAAGAGCAGCCAAGAAAUUAACCAAAUAAUACAUGCCUAUUUGCAAAACUCGAAGAAGGAGUAUAAUUAUAGCAGGUCAGAUAAAUCGGAGAGAGAUGUUAAUCACUUGACAGGCAAGUACACCCCCGAGGGGAUGCACUCUCGUGAGGACGUCAUCCCAAGCGGAAAAAGCAAACAAAGAGAUUCAAACGAUAACAUGAGUUAUAACUCCUAUCACACAAGGGGGAUUGGCAAUAAAAAAGGAAAACAUCGAAGGGAUAAAACUGCGCAUCUCGCGGAGGGGGAACGAACGAACAGUAAGAGGUCCACUGCAUCAGGGAGCAAACACGAGAAGGAUGAACAAACCGACCAAGAGGAAAAAAUCGCCGAGGAAGACACCUCAACACGUAGAGAUCGAAUUAAAAAUAAAAACAUACGUGUGAAACGCGAAAAAAGUGACAGCAAGGUUCCUAUUAAGGAGGAAAAAGACCUCCGCAGUGGGAGCCAAACGGUAAGGAGAAGCGCCAGAAUGAAGAGCGAAAAAUAUAAAAAAAAAAAAAAAAGCAUUGACAGUGAUAUGCAUGUAGAUACCCCAAAUGAGCAGGAAGAGCCGCAAAGUGAGAGUAGUAAAAAAAAGCAAAGCAGUGUAACUACCGAUAACGAAGUGGUGGAGAAGAAAAAAAAAAAAAUGUCGAAAACGAAGACGAUGGAGUUGAAAAUAUUCAGAGAUAAAAAUGCGUUAAGGGAGAAGGAAAAUUUAAAAAGGACGAACGAAAAGUAUCAAGAGAUUGAUGAGUACAGAUGUGCAUCCGGAUUCGUUCACUUCAUAAUUGAACAUAUACAAAACAAAAAAGACAAGGAAAACUUUGAUGAUUUAUUAAAAUAUAUUUUAAAAUUAAUAAAUAUUUACAAAAUUAAAACCAUCGAUUUUGUGGAAGCCUUUCUGCUACUCGAAACGAUCAAUGUGAAUAUAAUUAGGGAAUACCCAAUUGAGGAGUGGAUCUUGGUGACCUUUCAUUUCCUCAAAGGAAAUACAACAGAGCAGAAUUUCAAUUUGACUAUUAAAUCGCUAAAGUUAAACAAUUUAGUGAUUGGAAAUGUCACGGCUUCGUUCUAUAUGAACAAAAAGACCAUCAGAAUGACAGACAGAAAUAUGAACAGAAUCCUCACCAUUUUGUCAAACGUUGUGCGGAGGAGGUCCUCCAGGAUUAAAACGUUUAAGCGGCCUAACGAGGAAAGGAAGGACGGGAAGGACGCGAAGAAGGGGACGGAUCAGCAGAAGGAUGAGCUGUUAGGCUCUUGCUGGCAGCCAGUUGAGGGGGGCAAGUAG